AUGCCCAUUGUUUCUUGGGCCAAGGUUAUGCUUCUUGAAAAUAAGACAACUGACCAAACCCCAAUCCCCCACAAAGAUCUUUUUGAGCUUCAUGCCCUGUUUUCCAAAACACUGGCAUGGAUGGAGGCACAGAGGCACAUGAUAGAACAACGGGAUCCUUGUAGGUGCACAAAGUGUUCGGUUUCAUUGUUGCCCACGCUGUUAUUUCGCACUAUCAGACGAAUACGGACCAUUCUCCUAUGCUCUAUUCGAGAUGGAGCCUAUAAAAAGCUCUUCUCGGCUGGUUUCUGCUUCUAUGGACGAUCACUUUCCACAAGAGUCCAACGAUUGCCUUUUGGGCUGUAUUUACGGAAGGGACAGCCUCAGGAGGCAUGUCAAUAUCGGGUGGAGGCUCAUACUCUUGGCAUGGUGGAGAAAUUCUCACAUAUACCCGCGCCGAGGGCAAUCGAUGUCUUGGAAACCCCUGAUGCUUCGUACUUGCUCAUGAUCCAAGCCCAGGCCGUCCAAUCGGCCAACUGCUUAAUACGAUGA